AGCCAACAAGUAUCUUCCCUGGUUGUCUUGAUUUCACACCCAUAAACCAUUUGUCUUUGCUCCCUCUUCUUUGGCCUAUAAAUACCCCCCACAUGCAUAGUUCGCUUCUGUGAUUCUCUCAGCUCUUGCCCAAAAUUAAAAGUAAAAGCAUCCAACUCCCAGAAAUUAAACAUGGCCAAGAUGGUUGCUCUGUUCUUGAUGAUGUCUCUCCUCCUCUGCUCAACUAAAGCCUUCGGGGGGCGACCCGGAUCAGCCUUUCCUCAAGAAAACCCCAUGACAUCUCACCACGAGAGGGUCGAGGCGGAACACGUUGAGGGGGUUGAAGAGAGCUGCGAAGGAGUUGGCGAGGAGGAGUGCUUGACGAGGAGGACUCUCGCUGCUCACCUCGAUUAUAUUUACACUCAAAAGCAGAAACCAUGAAAACAUUAGUUGGAUUCUUGUGAUACAUAUGUAAUACUUUGGUAUAUAUUAAGAAAAUCACUGUCUUCAUC